AGUCCUGACUGGAGCUCUUCCUGCCUCCUCCGCCCACGGCUGCUCCAAGUGACAGCUCCCGCUGGGAAGAUGCACUGGGGGAAAGUGAUGGCAGCCCUCCUGCUCUGCUCACUGCUGCUCAGCCAGACCCACAGUGCGUCCCUGUCCCAGAGCCAGCCCCACGUGCAGCCCCGCAGUCCCCGGCAGCGGCGGAUGACRCCUUUCUGGAGAGGAGUGUCCCUGAGACCCAUCGGAGCCUCGUGCAGGGACAACAGCGAGUGCCUCACCAUGCUCUGCAGGAAAAACCGCUGCCUCCUCUCCACGGCCUCGGCGUGAGCUGGCACCAAGCACAGCCUGCACUGUUACUGCUGACCCUGCUCCAUACACUUGGGAUGUAUUUAUUGACUGCUCAGGAGCUGCAAGGRCCUCGAGCAAUCAGAGUAUUUAAUAUUUCUGUCACAUGAAAUAAAAGGACUGAUAAAAGGACUUCAAAGAGCUCGAGAGCAUCUCCUUCCACAGCCACGCCUCAGGAGGCCUCUGGCCAAGCUCAAUAAAAGGGCUCUGCAUCUCCUGCUCGUUUGGUUUUUUUGUAAUGCUUCCCAUUAUUUAUUUGAAGGUGUGAAUUAAAAUAUAUGUUCAGUAAAGCA